AUGACCCAGCUCUGCUUACCCAGGCCCAAAGCCCUUGCUUAUCCUAUCCCAGUCCCUCCCAGAGGCCUGGGGGCUGGGGAGGGGUCUCAUAGUCCAGUGGGUCCAUGCAUGUCCCCCUGGGGCCCUAGCGUGGCCCAGCUCCGGGACAGUGUCCUAGGGCUGGGAGCACGGGGGCUGACGCUGGCUGGCCCAGCCUUGCUGCUGCUGGUCAGCUUCCUGGCCCCUGACCUGCUCCACUGGCCCGCAGGCCCCCCGCAGACACUCCUCCCGGGAGGCCGGAGUCAGUGGGCCGCACUCCUGCCUGCGGCGGCAGUCACAGGACAACUCAGCCCCCAGGAGGCCCUGCUACUGGCACUCCUGGGCCUGGGGCUGCUCCUGGGAGCCCGAGGCGUGCCCCUGGCCUUGCUUGGCCUGGCCUUCCGCCCCCAUCCAGAAAUACACUGGCUCUGCUGCUUCCCCAGAUCGCCUUUUCCUCUGUCCUGGGUUGAGCAGGCAGGGGGUUACCCCUUUAUCUCCAGCCUGAACUGCAGGGGCCCUUUGGCCCCCCGGCAUGGGCGGCGGAUACCUGGGUCUGCGUCUGAGACAGCAAGAGAAGGCGGGGCCAAGGGACAGGGAGCCAGGGCAGGAUGUGGCAGCAACCUCUGA